AUGGCGCCGCCGCCGUCGCAACAACAACAGCCCCAACUUCAUCCUCAGUACGCCUUGUCGCAUCAUCCGGAUCUAGCCGUGGAUGACUGGACCGUCAGGGACCAUCACUCUUCCGAGUCCAACGGCAGUGCUACCGCAGUGUUCCCGACUGCUGAGACCGGUGACUUAGCACGCAAGACCAAGUGUGACAACCAGAAGCCUAGCUGCUCAUACUGCUUGAGCGUUGACACAACUUGCAUUCAAUCUCCCGUCGACCUCUCUAGCUUUGACCCUGCCAGCCUCAAGAUACUGGACCGCUUAGACGAUCUGGAACGUCUGCUCCGCACCACUGGUGCUGCUACUGAACUUGCGAUAUCACAAGCACCGCCAAUUCCCCAAGCCUCGUCACUAGCUUCGUAUGCUGGCAUUCUUGGAGAUGGCAAUCAUGCAUCAUAUCCCGCUCAUUUCCAAGGUCAGCAGCUCGACAGUUGUCAUAUUCCACGAUCAAACCAACUCACCAAGAAUAACAGCCAGAUCUCCAAUGCGCGAGUGGAAGAAGAUCUACCACUAGACAGUGUCUUGCCAAUGCCUAUCGACCGUAUCUUAGAGUGA